UCCACUACAGCGAUGGACGAAGUUGUCAGCGGGGAUGUCGCUUCGUGACUCGAAUACAGGCUCAGAUAGGCGUGGACGAGGAAUUGGAUCGCGGGGAUCAACAACGCUCGCUCUGCCUCCGAGAAUUUCCAGUUUUCGUCCUUCCAGGUCACGAGCGUUUUUGCGACCAUCUCUUGGUGCUGGGCCGAGAAUGGGGGCUGGCAGCUCUGCCAGAGCAUCGCGAAACUGGAUUCAAACUUGUAUGGAAGCGCGGGUUGGUCGAGAGACCGGAGGAGGUAGGUGCAGACGACGUUGAGCUUAGCAUCGGCCAGCUCCGCUCGCGCAAUCUGCAGCAGAUCCGAGACCGGGACUGUGCCGUCCAGGGGAGCUGCGACGACAGAGGGGAGGACAAGAGGGUAUCCUGGCCGGCCGAAAGCACGCCACUUGGACUGUACAAGCCCUUUGACGUUCCCCUUUUGCCCUUGCCUAGUAUAUGCGCGUUGUAAAUCGUCCAACGAGUCUUCUAUCUCGCACGCGCAGCUCCAAUACAGCAGUGCCGACAUCGUGGACCAAUACAGCUCCAGCGCCGCCCCGGGGUGAUUCGUAUAGAGAUAACUCCAGCCCAAGCCGCCCGAGAUCACCACAGGCGACGCCUGCCCCAUGCCAUGCUCGGGUUCGAACCGAGCCCAAGCAAAGAACGGGAGCGAGGGCUGGAGAGAAUUUGUGGCACCGCCAGCGCCAAUUCGGAUGUGCGCUAGCGCGACGACGGCCUUCACGGCGGCGAUGCAUCGCUGUGUCUCGUUCCCCGCCACAGCCGACCGCAGGAACGACAGCAGCCGACGGACGAGCCCGGCUUCCGUGUCCUGUGUGACCGAAACGAUCAAAGGACUACGGACGUCUCCUGCGGUGACAAAAAGAGCCUCGGGAAGCGCCUCGAUGAACGGCGCCAACUCGUUGUCGUCGACUCGCGAUUUGAG